AUGUCCAUCAAGGAAGGUUAUCUGAAAAAGUGGUCAGAUCGUAAAAAUUGGCACAAUGUGUACUGUAAGCUGUUAAAUAAUGGUUGGUUUCAAUGGUUUGAUGAUGCAUCUUCCACCUCACCCAAACGAAGUGUUGAAAUCAGACGUGUAGCAUCGUUUCUAGCGUUUGGAGAACCUUUUCACCGUGUUCCAUGCAACCCGACCUCAUUAACAGCUUCAGAAAUUCCUUUGGCUUUUGGUGUUCUCUACGGACCUCAUAUGGGGACUCAAAUGGCUUGGUUUGCCUGUCCGGAUCAAGCAACAUUGAGCUCAUGGACAAAUGCGUUAAUUUCAUUGUUUCAGCAAACUUCAACACUUCCAUCUGCCCCUCCACCAUAUCAACCUUCACCGGCACCAGCUCUACCUACAGGAUCAAUCGGUUUUGGAAUGCCUGAUCCAACUGCUUAUGGUGGAAAUCCUGGCGGUUAUGGGCCUCCUCCCCCGAUUAGUCAACCCAAUUAUGGAUACCCAACUAAUAAUUAUGUUCCACCAACAGUACCCCCUGCACGACCACCAGCAUCAGGUGCUUAUGUGCCUGGGACAAGUUCUUAUAGUGGUUAUCAACCACGUCCACAAGAUCCACAAAGUCAAUAUUUUGUCGGGCAAAAUGGUCAACCAUAUCAAGUGGUCUAUGUAGAUGGUAAACCGAAAAAGAAGAAAUGUAAAGGAUUGAAAAAUGCAGCAGUUGGUCUCGCUUCAGGAGUAGCUGGUGGUUAUUUGGCAAGUCGUCUAUUUGGUGGUUUGGGUGGUUGGGGUGGUGGAUUUAUGGGUCCAAGAUGUGGCAGUUGGAGUUCAUUGUCUAGUCUCAGUUGGUCUGAUUAA